UGUGGGUGUGUAAAGUAGAGAGGGCAGGAUCUCAUUUCCUUUAGUUAAGAAAGCCAGUCCUCGAACACUCUAAGCUGGAUGUGCUGAACAUGCAUCAUGCUCUGCUUCGUCCUCUUGGUGUCGUAUUUGUCAAGUGCAACAUGCUCAGAGCCUCUCCUUCACAGGAGGUCUUGGAUCCUGGACUCCUUUACAAUUGAGGAGGGGCAUCCAGGGCCCUUCCCAUAUGUCCUGGGCAAGAUAAAUAUCGAGCGGGACUAUCUAGUAUACUUUGAUAUCUUUGGGGAAGGAGUGGAUGAGGAGCCAAAGGGAGUCCUCUCCAUUCAUAAAGAAUCUGGCACCGUGUCUGUCCACAGGGCUGUGGAUUAUGAGGAGAAGGAAAUGCUUAAGCUGAGAAUUGAAGUCAGAAAGACAGAUUUAUCAAUUGACACUCAAUUAGGACUUGUGAUUUCCAUACGGGAUAUCAACGACAACCCACCACGCUUUCAGAGGGAUCUGUAUGAAGUCAGCGUUAAUGAGGAAAUCCUACAAGGCUCCCGUCUCCUGUCGGUAUUGGCCUAUGACAGAGACCAGAGAGGCACACCAAACUCAACAUUCCACUAUGAAAUCAAAUCUGUGUCUCCCAGCCCUCCAGAUACUGAAUUCUUCAUUGAUGAGACUGGAAAAAUCUCAUUCAAAGGGUGUUUGGAUUAUGAGGUGGCUGAAAUGUUUACAUUGUUGGUGGAGGCCAAGGACCAUGGUGAAGUAGUCAGUCUGUCCAGUUCAACCUAUGUUGUCAUUGAUGUCCACGACGGCAAUAACCACCUUCCUUUCAUCAGCGGACAAACAGGCUCUGGCAAAGUAAAAGAAGAUGAGAUCGGGACCUCUCCUCUGCGGCUGCACGUGACAGACAAAGACACCCCAAACAGCCCGGCAUGGAGAGUCCGAUACACCAUCCAGGGUGAAGAGGGAGAGCACUUUAAGAUAGAGACAGACCCAGACACCAAUGACGGAAUCCUGACAGUAGUAAAGCCUUUAAACUUUGAGGAGGGAGCACAGAGGCAGCUGUCCAUCUCAGUGGAAAAUGAGGUGCCAUAUUUCUCCUGUAAAGUGAGGGAGAGGAAGUCCUCGGGCCUCUGGGAAGUGGACACUAGUAAAUGGGAUGAUCCUGGUGCAGGUCAGCCGGGGUCUGUAAAAGUCAUCAUUGAAGUUGAAGAUUCUAAUGACUCCCCAGUGUUCAAUGUGACUGUCAAAGAGGCCAUGCUGAAGGAGAACGCACCCAUUGGAAGCUGGAUAGGGAAAGUGUCUGCUGUCGAUCUCGACACCAGCCACGCAAGAGUUUUUGUGUACAAGGUAGGACACGAUCCUGCUGGCUGGGUGACAGUGGACCCCCACACAGGAGACAUCACAACUGUCAUGACACCCGACAGAGAAUCUCCUCAUGUUGUUAAUGGCAUCUACACCACGUUACUUUAUGCAGUAGAUGAUGGUAAUCCCCCCAUGACAGGCACAACCACACUGAACAUCCAUGUGGCUGACGAGAAUGACAACGUGCCAAAGCUGACAGUGGACAGCGUGGAUGUGUGUGUGUCUGACGGCCCCACCACCACUACCAUCAAAGCCUUUGACCUGGAUCAAGAUCCCUUUGGAGGACCUUUCAUAUUUGAACUGCUGGGGGAUGUCAAAGGAAAAUGGAAACUGAAUCCCUCAUAUGGGUUCACAGCUGGUCUGGUGAAGGAGCCCACUGUGUAUGCUGGUCCACACACAAUUGAUCUGAAGAUCUCUGACCUGCAGGGAGCGUUUGGCGUUCAUCGCCUCAGUGUGACUGUGUGUGAAUGCUCUCUGACACCCAACUGCCGAAGCCGCCGAGACACUGCUAUAAAAGUUACCUUUGGUGCUAUAGGCAUAGUGUUUGCCUCGCUUUUUUUACUCCUGUUUCUGCUCCUGAUGGCAGUGGUCAUCUCCUGCAAAACAGAGUUUGCCACUUUGCAGACCGGUGAUUCCUCUGGAGAAACCCACCUCACAUCAAACACUGAGGAACCAGGAACAGAUUGCCAGGUACCUGGCAGUGUCCUGGUAGUGUCCACUGAUAACAAGCACUAUCACCCCUCUGAUUGGCAAAGUCUGCGUGGAAUGCAACACAGACAGGUUUCAAUAAAGUCUGAUCAUUCCGUUCACCAGGAUAUGGAGCCAAUCUUAAUCUACAAUCAUCCGGGAGAUUACAGAAGGGUGAACUUUUCCCACCCAUUCAGUGAGAACUCAAACCAGAUUGAUGACAUGAGAACAAUGAAUUUACUCAAAAUGAACUCAAGCUAUGAAGCAGAUGAAGCUUUCCUAGCCCCGCUUCAUCAGUCUGAUCAUUCCGUUCACCAGGAUAUGGAGCCAAUCUUAAUCUACCAACAUCCGGGAGAUUACAGAAGGGUGAACUUUUCCCACCCAUUCAGUGAGAACUCAAACCAGAUGACCUGGGAUUAUCCAGUAGCCAAUGGCUACCACUACACCCACCAGAUUGAGGGCAUGGCAAUGAAUUCACUCAAAAUGAACUCAAGCUAUGAAGCAGAUGAAACUUGCCCAGCCCCGCUUCAUCAGAGGCUCUUUGCUCUACAGGACACAAGAUCUGUUGGACUAUCAUCCUCACCUGUACGCAGAUGAGGGGGGACACAGACAACCUCUCAGAACUGGAGACAAUCACCAUUCCUGACAAUGAUUCAUUCCAGAAAGCGCUGACAGACUUGGGCCCCAAGUUCAACCAACUGGCUUCCAUUUUCCAACCACCACCUAUACAAAACUGAAGUAUUUUUCCUGAAGCAAACAUUUUGGUCAGAGAAACAAACUGCAUAGCCUGUGGGUUUAAAGGUUCAUGCUAAAAAAAAAAAAAUUUAUUAUUAAAUAACUGGAUUCUAUGUUAUCUUUUCAAUGAUAGACAAAAGCGAGUCCGUUAAUCAUAACUUAUUUAAUAGCAACUGUUAAAGUCCUCCACAGUCUUUUAGUUAUCAUUUUACAUUAUGGGGAGAAAAAUAAAAGUACAGCUGUACUCCAAAAGCUAUUUGGAGUUACAUUUAGACAGCCAAGUAGACAAUUUAAUACAUUUAGCAAAAGAAAAAAAAA